UGUUUUCCUUUUUUUUCUCUCCUCUUCAAACUGGUUCAACUGUCAGAAAGUCAUCAUCAUCCUCCCCGGAGCCAGGUCUGGGCCAGAAUUGAUCUAGUCCAGGCCCUGAAGCUGGACAUCCUCUGGACCAUCUAGAAACGUCCUUACCUUCUUCCAUCCGCCUCUUUCCUCCCGCGUGCGGAUCUAACAUGCCGCCUCUCAGGAUGCUGCAUCUCCUAAUGCUCAUGGCUUUGCUAUGUGGUGCGGACGCCACCUGCCCCACAGAAAACAACCCUCUAGUCCUGGAUCCCCCUGAGGUGAUAGCAGAAUAUGGAAGCCAGGUCUCGGUAAACUGCACCAGCUCAUAUGAAGAGCAUGAAGGGAUGUACUGGUCAAACGAAGAGUCUGCAAUGACAGUAGAUGAAAAGUUUAUCCCUUGGAGAGGGCAACUGUCACCCUGGAACGUAACGGCUAAGUGCAUAAUAAAUAUGAAUGACUCAUUUGAAUGCAGUAAAGACCUCAGGAUUACUUUAUACAAGAAUCCAGAGGUUACCCUGUUUUCUUUGAGUGAUCCUGUGGUGGAGACAGAGUUUGUUCUGCAGUGUAAUGUCGAUGAUGCUGCUCCUGUUCAGAACCUGACUGUGAAGUGGUACAAAGACAACGUGAUGAUCGAGACACACUCUUUCCCCAACACAACCAAAACACCAGUGAGCGAAUCAUCUCUUUUGCAUGUCAACGUCAGCAGAGGAGACAACGGAGCCACGUUUCGAUGUGAGGCUCAGCUGGACUUCGGGCCAAAUGGGCCGAAACCUCCUCCUAUAUCUGAGACAAAAGUUAUCUCCGUGCAUUAUGCUCCUGAGUUCAGCAACAACACCCUUGAUGUGUACUUGACGGAGGGUGAUGAUGUCACCCUGAGCUGUGACGCUGAGGGUUACCCUCCUCCCCACUUUCACUGGACCCGUGAUGGGGUGAAUAUGAUGGAGAACACACAGAAUCUCAGUGUUACUCAAGGAAACGUCAGCGCAAAUUACACCUGCACAGCCUCCAAUCCUCUGGGAAGAACAAAUAAGUCCAUUUUUAUACAUGUCGUGAGAGAACCUGCUGUGACCGUGACCAACGCUGUGCAACGAAAGGUUUGCCCCCUGACGCUGACACCUGGUGAAGUCGUGGUGAGAUUUGGCGACAGAGCUUCAGUUAACUGCAGCACAUCCGCCCCAGAUGCUUUGGGAAUGGGUUGGGAGGCUUCCGUCGGAGGCUCAAAGUCUGGAAACCCUCCAUCUGUCACCUGGACGGUUGAGAAACUUCAAGCCUGGGCCAUAAAACCCAAAUGCUACAUUACUCUGAGGAAUAAUCAGCAGUGUUACACAGGGCCAAACAUCACGCUCUAUAAGACUCCAGACGCCCUGUCGGUCUCAGCGGUGACUCCAGGUCCCAUGGUGGAGGGCGUCCAGUACCGGCUGAGAUGUGACAUCAUCAGUGUGGCUCCUGUGCGGAACCUCAGGGUGACGUGGUCCAUUGGCGGGGAAAACCAUGGCGAGGAGAAGUUCAACGACACCAGCGCGACCCCAGUCAACAAGACCGCUUUUUUGAGAGUGACACCUACCAGAGUUCACAACGGAAAACUUUUCACAUGCAACGCUGAGCUGCACCUGGGCCCUAAGGGACCAGAAACUGUUCCCACAAAGUCCUCCAAGCCUUACACCGCUGUGGUGCACUAUAAGCCAAUGAUGCAAGAUUGUCCGUCCACUUCCACUGGAGUGGAGGAUUACUUCAGGCUGGAAAUGUUGUCCUGUCGAGCUGAUGGGAACCCUCCACCCACUGUUCACUGGUACCAUGAGGGAAAACUGGUCAACACGUCUGAGCCUCUCUCCAGGGCUCAUUCAGGAAAAUACACUGCAGCACUUUUUAAUGAGCUCUCCUCGACCAACACGUCUGUUGAUAUCACAAUUGAAUAUGGCCCUUCAUUUACCUGUGAUGGUCGCUAUGAAGUCAGGGAGAAUGGGGAGGACAGAAUGAAGUGCGAACCCGAGGGAAUACCUACGCCCAAAAUCACCUGGUUUAAAGAUGAUGAAGUGAUGGUUCCCCCACAACGCUGGACAAGGCGCGAUAGUGGAAAAUACGUCCUCAGCGCAACCAACCAACACGGAACCGCCAACCACACUCUAGAUCUUGAUGUUUUGUUUGCCCCUGAGUUCAGGGAGGGGAACUACAGUCAGGAGGUGACCCCGGGUCACAAUGUGAGUUUUGCCUGCAGCGCUGGGGGAAACCCGAUCCCAGAGAUCCAGUGGAAAUUCUCCGCUGCCGAGAAUGCGUGGGAGACCACUGGAGGGCGCCAGAAGAACGUCAGUGUCACACGAGCCACGUCUACCAAUGCUGGUGUUUACUACUGCGUUGCCACGAAUAAAGUUGGAAGAGUGUCAAGAUCUGUCACACUGAGCAUAAGAGGUAGAAGAGGCCUAAGCAGAAUAGUUUGGUGGUUGCUGAUUCUGUGCUUCAUCAUCCUCCUCCUCAUCGUCGUGAUCACUCUCUGCAAACGUCGUAAGAAAAAACAUGGACAAUAUAGCUUUAUUCCUGCAGCCAAGGAAGGUUCCGAUAUUCCUUUGACUACAACGUCUGGUGGGGACAAAGCUUAGGAUAUUUACUCAUUGCUGAAUAUUGGGAGAUAUCAGGUUGGGGCCAAGAAUGGCAUGUUAAUACUGUAUUUUAAUGUUUGCCCCUGUAUGGCACUUUCCUGAAUCAGCUUACACCUCUAAUAUCAUUUUGAUGUUUCCAAAAAUGUUCUGUAAAGCUGUGCUACUGUCUUCCCAUGUGCUGUGCUUCUAUUUCUCAUAACUUCCUUUUAGUGAGAGCAAAACCUUUGCCACCCUUGCAGUUAUUUUGUUUUCACAAUUCAGCCUCGGUUAUUUUCAAUCUUGAAAACAAUAAAACUGAUUUUUGAUUUCUUUUAA